CACUGUACACGCCACGCACACACACAGCUGCUCUUUAAUAUCACGGCUCUUCAUACGGUCACUUCCUGUCACCCCAUUCCAGCGACCCUCGCCCUGCCUCGUCGGCGUCUAUUGAGCGAGAGGCGGAAGUGAGUUGGUCGGCGGAAAGGCAUGCUGGGAAAUGUAGUUUGGAUUCUGCCUACUUUCAUUUCAAGGUAGAGUCAGUGGACUACAUGUCCCAGCCGCAUCGGGGCCCGUAGAAGAAGGGUUAGAAAGCGUAUUCUCGGCUCUUUCCUCGAAACAGAAUGUCAGAAGGAGACAGUAUCGGUGAGUCAGUUCAUGGCAAGCCCUCACUGGUAUUUCGCUUCUUCUCAAGGUUAUCGCAGAUUUACCAGUCAUGGCUAGACAAAUCUACACCUUACACAGCAGUGCGAUGGGUGAUGACCAUGGGUCUAUGCUUACUCUACAUGAUAAGGGUUUAUAUACUACAGGGUUGGUACAUAGUAACAUAUGCCUUGGGUAUCUACCACCUAAAUCUCUUCAUAGCAUUCUUAUCCCCAAAGGUAGACCCAUCCAUAAUGGAAGAUUCAGAUGAGGGGCCUUCGUUACCUACAAAACAAAAUGAAGAGUUCCGUCCAUUUAUUAGACGGCUUCCGGAAUUCAAAUUUUGGCACUCCGCCACUAAAGGAAUCGUUGUUGCCAUGGUGUGCACCUUCUUUGAUGCAUUCAACGUCCCUGUAUUUUGGCCUAUCCUCGUCAUGUAUUUUAUCAUGCUUUUCUGCAUAACAAUGAAAAGACAAAUAAAGCACAUGAUUAAAUACAGAUACAUCCCAUUCACACACGGGAAACGGAAGUACAAAGGAAAGGAGGAAACCGGCAAGCCAUUCUCCAGUUAAAAGAAACUGUCCCCUUCUUUUUGACUUUCUUAUGUAAAAAUUAAACCUACAAAAAAAAAA